AUGAAGCCUGUGCGCAAUGCACAGGAGGAUGCUGCCGUAUGGGCCAGGUACACAUCUGCCCAUCUCGAGCAAGGUGCUGGACGACAUGCAUGCAACAAUCCCUCCAACAAAGCAGUUGAGAACAAGGUAUUCCAAGAGAUGCGGAAGAUCAAGCUUUUCCAGAUCAUUCAUGCCAAAUUCCUCGAGAUUAUCAAGCCUUCUUGCUUGGCCAUAGAUGAGGAUGAGGACUUUGAUGCUAUCCUGGCCGGGACCCACAUCAUUUUGUUGACUGACAACGGCGUCUACUACCGUCUUGCCAGCACUUCCUCUAAGCCAGUGGCUUUCAUCCCACGGGAAUAUCAGCCCAAAGAUCUUUUGGACCAAUCGCAGCACGCCAUCUACAAGGCCUACACGUGCGAUCCUACCAGUCGCACACCCUGCAACGAUGUUGUGUUGGAACAAGAUGAUUUGGAGAAGGAUUUGGAGCGCAUCCAGCGCGUGGAGGAGGCACAGGAGCAUGACAUGGAUAUCGCUGACUGCGACGAGGCGAAUAAGGUCACACGCUCCAGUGCAGGCGGCUACACGUUUGCUACGUUGACUACAUGUCCCCUCCACGUCCUCACGCACAUCAAGCACAAAGCUUUGGAAAAGAUGAGCCGGAACAUCAUGAUCACACGGAAGGGUUAUGUGCACAAGGAGGAGCAAAACAUCGCUUUUGGAGGUCCUCCUCGGUCAUGGAAAGAUGUCGAGGCCGACGAAACUACGUUCGACAAAAAGACCCUGCUUCCCCAUGAGAUGCCAGCUAAGGACUGUCAGCAGACAGACUCCCUCAUGAAAGCUGAGGCAAAGUUCCGUGCAGGUAUCAAAAUAUGA